GAAGUGAGUAGAACCAGCCGCGCGGUUACAGAUAGGCGAAAAUGUCGACCGGGGUGGGAAAACACAAGAUGCUGUCUCUGGGUCCGACUGAACCCUGGUCAGUUCGGGAGAAACUCUGUCUCGCCUCCUCAGUGAUGAGAAGCGGAGAUCAGAACUGGGUGUCUGUAAGCAGAGCCAUCAAGCCCUUCUCAGAGCCUGGACGACCCCCGGACUGGUUCUCCCAGAAGCAUUGUGCCUCCCAAUAUUCUGAGCUGCUGGAAACCACAGAAGCCCCAAAACGUAAACGGGGUGAGAAAGGGGAGGUGGUCGAGACCAUUGAGGAUGUGAUCGUGCGUAGAUUGACAACAGAGAGGAUCGAGGAGCUCAAGAGGCUGAUCAAAGACACACAGGAGAAAUACAGGAAACUGAAGAAAGAGGUGGAUUUGAUCCAGGCGGGCCAUCUGGACCCUAAACUGGAGGAGCUGUGGGCAGAUAUAGAGCUAAAGAGGAAGCAGGAAGAAGAGGAGGCGGAGCAGAAGAAGAGGGCGACUGAGGCAGCAUAUCAGGUUCGUCAGGCAGCUAAAAAUACACCAAAGAGAGUUCCCAGCGUGACAGUACGUUCUCCCAGCAUGGAUGUCUCGCAACCAGAAACACUGCAGCCAGUGACGGAUGAAUCCUGUGCCAGUCCCAUGGCUCAAGGAUUGACCGUCUUCAUGCCUAUAUCAGAGGUCACGGGUCCAGGGCCUAAAGAGUCAGGUCUGGCCUCUAUGGUAGAUGACUCCCCGCAGAAGAAGCACCUUGCCCCAAAAGCCACACCACCUCCCUCCCCGCUGCUGUCUGAACUGCUGAAGAAAGGCAGUCUCAUCGCUGCCAGCUCUAGACUUGUGGUUGAAGGUGACGUGGCCACAGGUUUGAGUAAUGGAUCUCAUGGAGUUGAGCUUCACACUGUUGCAACCGCUCUGCCUGCUAAUCAAGACAUUACAGCUGAUGCUCCUACGUUAUCUCGUCUGUUGGAGAGUGCCACCCCAGCGCAGCCACCUGUCAGUGCUGAUCCCCCUAAGCCCCCCACAGUGGUCCCCCCAGCCCCAGACAACCUCUCUGUGCCCAAAACAGGAGCUGCAGCAGUUUCUGAAGGUUCUGGAGCAGAAGCGGUAAUGGCAGGGUCAUCCACGCUGGCUGAGGUGGAGGGGAAGGAGGCAGAGCUGGUGGAGGAGGACACAGUGGUGUCAGUGUCAUACAUGGCCCACGAACUGGACCUGGAGACAGUGGGAGACAUCAUUGCAAUCAUAGAGGAGAAGGUGGACGAUCCUGUGGAGGCUUUGGACGCAGCCGCAGUGGAGGCGGCUCUCUCUCUCUGUGAGGACCCAGCGGUCAGUGGCCACCCCCUCACCAGCCCUUGGGAGUCACAGACCUUUAAGGCAGCCGAACCAGAGCCCAUUGUCCAGCAGAGUCCUGCCCCAACGGGCACACAGAGCAGCCCUGACCCUGUGGGUGUGCAAGGAGAAAUGGAGGUUCUGGUAGAGGAGACUACAGAAACCGAAGCAGUUGACGAAGUGACAGGGGACACUGUGGCAUCUGCCGCCCCUGUCACAGAGCAGAGCCAGGACUCUGAGGUUAAGACUGAGGGCAAGAGGGAAGGAGAGGGAGAAGGAGGGAUGGAGGAAGCGCAGCAGGAGAACAGAACACUGAGUCCAGCCGUGAAGUGUGAGGGGGAGGACUGGGUUCAGCCAGAGACCGUGAUGCCCUGUCUGGACUCGGAAGAUAGCUCAGCCUCGGCGAAAGACACAAAGGAGGUGAAAGAAGAAGAUGGAGGCAGUGAGGUGGAUGUGGAUGAAGGGAUGGAGAUGAAAGAGUGAGUGAGUGAGUGAGUGUGUGUGUGUGUGUGUGUGUGUGUGUGUGGCGAUGGGGACGGAGAGGGGCCUUAUCUCUCAGAGGUUGAUCCUCCUGCCAGUGAGAGUGAGGAUGGAUACGGCAGUCACUCUCAGCGCUACACUACAGCGGACUCCACCGCCAGCAGCCCUGCCUCAUCUCAGUUCUCAAUGUGCAGUGAAGAUCAAGAGGCCUUGCAGGCUCAGAAGAUCUGGAAGAAAGCCAUCAUGCUGGUGUGGCGGGCAGCAGCCAAUCACAGGUAUGCAAGUGUGUUUCUGCAGCCUGUGUCUGAUGACAUUGCCCCUGGUUAUCACAGCAUUGUACACAGACCGAUGGACCUAUCAGCCAUCAAGAAGAACAUCGAGUCUGGGCAGAUCCGCACAACGGCGGAGUUCCAGCGUGACAUCAUGCUGAUGUUCCAGAAUGCGGUGAUGUACAACAGCUCGGAUCAUGACGUCUACCACAUGGCCCUAGAGAUGCAGAGGGAUGUUCUGGAACAGAUCCAGCAGUUCUUGGCCACUCAGCUGAUCAUGCAAACAUCAGAAUCAGGCAUCGGCACCAAGAGCCUGCGCGGAAGGGAGGCCAACCGCAAACAAGACCCCAAUGAGAAGACCCUGAGUCCUGCACACAAAGACCCACAUUUAGAGCCAGAACCACCAGCCAGAAGGAAAAGGAACAACUCCAAACAAGACACUAAUGAGAAGGAUGGAGGCACCAGAGGGCGCCGCAGUGCCAUUGAGGCCGAUAUGAAGAUGAAAAAGUGAACUGAGAUGUCACACUGCAGCUGUUACGGAAAUUCAGAUAGGCUUUAUUUCCGUUUUGUUAAGACGUUCUGGCUAAGUUUAGUUACUCAAUGCCUCGGUGGCUUGACGCAGCAAUUCGACAGUCUAAUUACAGAAGGACACAGAAAGAAGGGAAUUUUUAAGGGCUUGACCUUCUUUCACAGAAACCCUUCAGUCCUAGACCUGAAAAACUGGUCAAGUGUGCUCUGAUUCUAGACUCACAGGACAAACUGACCUUAUGUUUAUUUGAGUUUAGGAGUUUUGACUUGAUGUCACAAAUUUAGCUUUCAUCACUGGCCUUUUUAAAAAAGCUGAAUGUACCACCGUCGUGACCACUGGAUGGUUAGAAAUCAGAAUGUCAUUUUCUAGAGCUAAGAAUGAAACCUUACAAGCCAUUGUUCAAAACAAAGAUUACUAUCGGUUUAUCAGUUUGAGAUGAUGUGGAACGCUGAACGACGGAGGAAGGAGCAAUAAAAGUACACUUUUUUCUUCUAUAGGAAUGAAGAUGGAUACAAAGUUUCUUUUAACUUGAUUUUUGUCUAUAGUCAGGAUUAUGGACGCUUUGGUUUACAGUUAAAGGCCUACUGUACUAUGUUCAGUUUGUUUUCGUUCUUUAAGUGAGACUUAAUUUGACAUAUGUAUGUUUAGAAAGAACAUAUAGUUUUGUACAGGGUCUUUGUGUACAGUGUUUUUGUAUAUCGUGUCAUGAAAUGUUUUAAUAAAACAUGAGAGUCUGCAAUUACAAGAUAUUAUUUAAGGAAUAAUUUAUUCAACUUGUGCUUUCAAGCAAAAAAUAUUAGUACAAAUGCUUAAAUGGGAGGACAAUACCAGCUUGUCCUGUUCAAAGUCACACACGCACACAAAAAAACACUCGAUAUCCAUUAAAGACGUCAGCAUAUAUCAGUGGCGUGAUUCAUACACAAUGAACCAUCCUAUAUCCCUGAACAUCAGUAAACAAUAGUGGAGAAUUGAAACUGAACAUUCUGCAGUCUCAACACACCCAUCAUACUCAUACAAAGAUGAUCUGAUCUCACGUGCCGGGUAACCUGACAAUAGUGUUUGUCACAAACCUCAAGAUAUGACAAUGUAAAAUCCCAGGUUAUACAUGAAUACAUAUUACUGGUCAAAAGCUCUGGGUCAGUGAGUUUUUUUAUGAAAGAAAUUAUUACUUUUAUUCAUAAAUGCUGGUCUUUUGAACUUCCUGAUCAUCAA